AACCAGAGAAGUCACAUGCACACUGCAAAAUGGCUGACAACUGCCAUGCUUAAUGCACGUCUCAAAAACUUUGGAAAAAGGAAGCAAAAUGGAGUUACCUUUGGAUGAGGAGGAUGACACUUUCACCAACAUUUCUUUGGCAGACGAUUCAGAGCAUCUCUCAAGAACACGCUCUUUGAAAGUGGAAAGAGCCCGUUCUACAAUGAUGAAUGCCGACAUGGAUGCUGUUGAGGCUGAGAAUCAGGUGGAAUUAGAAGAGAAAACACGGCUUAUUAAUCAAGUUUUGGAACUGCAGCACACACUUGAAGAUCUCUCAGCACGAGUAGAUGCUGUUAAGGAAGAAAACUUGAAACUGAAAUCAGAAAACCAAGUUCUUGGACAGUAUAUAGAAAAUCUGAUGUCAGCGUCUAGUGUUUUCCAAACAACUGACACAAAAAGCAAAAGGAAGUAAGGGCUGACUCACAGAUGAUGUCAUUGUAUUGCUGCUGUCUUUUUUUUGUUUUAAUUGGCAUAGGUUACAUGAGAUAAAAUACCUUAGUUUGUGGCUUUACUGGAUACCUGAAGAUUAUAAACUUUGGUGAUAAACAGAAAUAAGAAUAUUAUCAUGAACAGGAGACAUAAGUUUGUGUAUUGUUAAGAACAAAUGUAGUGUAGAGACAUACUAAACUUUCAUGUUUGUUUUAAAAACGAGCAUAUCUUGUUAAAAAUUGGAUAGUUUGUCAGGUUAAACAUCUGUUGGCGCUCUUUGAGGUCUUAGGGUAGUGUUCUUGACUAGCAAAAUAAUGCAGUUUUAAUAUUGUGUUGAAACCUCGUUUGAUAAAAAUAUUCAAAGUUUAAUUGCAUCACCUUUUCCACCUUAUAUUUAGAUUACUGUAUAGUACUGUCCAUAGCUCUGCAAAGCAACUUUAAACAAAAACCUGUAAACUAGUUAAGAAUUUCUAUGAAGUAAUAACAGUAUGGCAGUAUUUGCAGGGCUUGUGUAUAGAGAAAUGCUUAAGAGUUUUUGGGAAGGGGGAGGGUAAGGGGAAAGGAACAAGGAUAAGGAACUUGCAUCAGGGAGAUACCAAAUUGAUGCACUAUCAGAGUGUGCGUAGGAUGUCCACUUCAAACCAUUUUCACUGUCCUGUUUCCUCAAACAAUGAUCAGGCACAGCAUCAUGAUUUAUGAUCUUCCUGAACUUUUUCAGUUGUGUGAUGAAGAGUUAAAUAAAAACCCAAGUAAUAAGGAAGGUCAGAAGUGUUCCUCGUGCUGGCUGUGAACAGUCUGCAGAGAGGAACUGAGAACAAGUCUUUCCUGGCCACCUUUUACUUUCCUCCUGAAGUGCCAAACUUGUCUUUGCUUCAGGCCUUAGAGCAACUGUUUUGCUGCCGGAACCUGUGAAGUACCUCCCGAGGCACUGCACAAAAAACAUCUAAGGCAGAAGAUUGCAGUGGAACAAAGGGGGUUCUUGCCGCUCAAAUCUGCUGCUCUGAGCAAUGCCUAGUGUCAAGGGGCCCUGUUUUUUAUUGGCUUGGCUGUUUGUUAGCAAGUUUUGUGAAGGAGCUCAGCCCAGAUUAUGGGGCUGAGCAUUUCCCAUAGAGGUGGCACGGAUAGCAUGAUCAGUAUUAAAGGAGGGCAGAAUCUGAAAUACAAACAACGAUGGAAGUUGUAACCAACUACUGCUAAAUCAGUUUCAUCUUGCCAUACGGCAGUGCUGCAGACUUAUUUAUGGAUGUUACCUAGAACUGAGGUCUGUGUCUUCAGAAAUGAAGCCACUGUACUUUACUGUUUAACAAAAGGAAACUGCUGGUUCAGGGAUCUCUUUGAAUGUGGCUGCGAUGAAUUUUAUAAAAAUAAAGCUGCAGGAACUGAAUGAGUGGAUGUAAUAUAGUAGAAAAAUCCCUCUGAAACCCCAGCUUUCUUGGCAGCUAAGCACUGCUACGUCUCCAGUGUAAGCUGACAGUGUGAGGUUCCCCCGUCCCAAAGGGGAGGUCUCCUACUUCUCCCCCUGUAAGAUGACUGUACAGCGCUCACUGGAGUGUCAGCAAAGUCAAAUGACUGCAAACAAAGCACUAAUAGUUUGGUCUUGAGGACUGUUUACAAGUCUGGGUCAAGAAACAUGAUGAUGAAAAAAGUUGUACCCACCAAGGCACAAAUGGCUGAUACCAUUUGUGUCAUGGGGUCCUGUAAAUAGCCAAAAUUAUUUUUAAUCUUCUAUGGACUACUCUCUCACUUUACUGCCUAUGUGGAACUCUAAAUUCAUCCAAGAAUUGCUAGCAGGUAGAGUAGAUCACAUGGUUAGUCCAGGGUUUGAAGCAUUAAAAAAAAAAAAGACCAAUCACACCAAGCACUUCUAAAGACUGCGUUGCAUUACAGCCAUCCUGGCUUUACAGCCACGUCACUGCACAUCUGCGUCUGUGCUGUAGGAGACCAAGUGGUAACAGAGCAUGCGCUUGUUAGACUUCAGCAGUUUCCCUGAGAUCACGUAAUCUUAAAAUGAUGGUCUUGUAUUGUAAGAUUGGAUAGUGAUAUUUUAUCCAUCAGUGUGUAUAUAGUAGUCAUUUCAUCUAUAAACCAUUUUACAUCCCACUACUGUGGCCUUCAUUUAACUUAUGAACAUUUUAAAGAUGUUGUACUUCUGACUUUACACUAAAUAAAAACUUUUUAUUUGUCUCGA